GCAUCCCAUACUGCCUGGUUGUUAAUUGAAGGCAAGCUAUAACGACGACUAUGCUGAAUGAAACACGAUCUGCUAUGAUUACUCCAGCUGCGCGUAUUUUGAAACAGAAACCCAGUAUUUGGGUUGAAAUUAAUCAUGCAGUUGCCAAAUACAAGCCAGUCAACUUGGGGCAGGGGUUUCCAGACAUUCUACCGAAACAACAUGUUCUCGAAAGUUUAAGCAUUCUAGGAAAACCUGAUGUAAAUCCACUCUUACAUCAGUAUACUAGAUCCAUGGGUCAUCCACGUUUAGUGAAUAUACUCUCCAAGUUAUACACAAAUUUCUUUAGAUGUGAUCAUGACAUUUAUGCUAAAUCUGGUAAUCUUCAAGUUGAUUCUUUUGCACCGAAUAGAGUAAUUGAUCCACUGAAAGAGAUUAUUAUUACUCUUGGAGCUUAUGGAUCUCUUUAUGCAGCUAUUUCAGCAUUAGUUGAUCCUGAUGAUGAGGUGAUAAUUAUUGAACCGAGUUUUGAUUGUUACACUCCAAUGACGGUAAUGGCUGGUGGUGUACCUGUUUAUGUACCACUUAGACCGGAAGUCAAUGCUGGCGAAGAAUUGACUAGUGACUGUUGGAAAUUGAAUAUGAAGGAGCUGGAAUCUAAGAUUACAUCAAAAACCAAAUUGUUGCUAUUGAAUACUCCACAUAAUCCUUUGGGAAAGGUAUUCAAUAGAGAAGAAUUGCAGUCUAUUGCUGAUAUAUGCAUUCGUCAUAAUCUUGUAUGCAUUUCAGAUGAAGUCUAUGAAUGGUUGGUAUUUCCUCCUAAUAAACACAUUAAAAUUGCCUCUUUACCUGGUAUGUGGUCGCGUACUUUAACUAUCGGCAGUGCUGGUAAAACAUUCAGUGUAACUGGUUGGAAGUUAGGCUGGACAGUUGGACCGGCUAAUUUAAUUCAAGCCAUGCAGUUACAUCAACAGAAUACAGUGUAUACAUGUCCAACACCUUUACAAGAGGCUGUUGCGCGUAGUUUAGAGAUUGAAUUACCCCAACUGCAUAAACCUGAAUCAUAUUUCAAUGAAAUGUGCUCCUUAAUUGAACCAAAAGGUCGUAAUAUGGUAAAGAAGUUGAAUGAAAUUGGGAUGAUUGCAGUCAGACCAACUGGCGGUUAUUUUCUGGUAGCAGAUGUCUCUAAGAUGAGUGUUCCCUUGAAUGAAUUAGAGCAAAAUGAAUUAUUACCAUAUGAUGUUAAAUUCAACAAUUGGAUGAUGCAAAAGAAAGGUGUUUCUGCAAUUCCGAUGAGUGUUUUCUACUCUGAUUCCAACCAACACCUCGGUUCAAACUACUUGCGAUUUUGUUUCUUCAAGGAGGAUUCUACGCUGAAUGCAGCUUAUGAAAUUCUAAAGAAAUGGUGACCUAUGGUUAUGAAAUCAAUCGCCUGAACAGUCUUGCUCUUUCUCGUGAUUGGACACUUCCUUUUUCCAUUUUUCUGAUUUAUUACAUCAAUAUUGCUAAUUCGGUGUGUUUCUUAUCUGCUUUUAUUUUGAUAUAAAAUGAUUGAUAUUCCAUAAAAGAAAAAAAAGAUUGUUCUGUCU